AUCUAUCUCUCUGCUGUUCGCCACAAAACUUGCAGGUUGAGAAUAUCGAUCACAAUUCCGCAGCAGGCUAGGUUCACCAAUCUAGCCGGACAUGGCACCAACAUCAUCUAGCAUCCUGCCGGCCAAAAGGGGUCGGCGACGCCGCGGGGCGAAGCGUGCCCGCGUCGUUGCCUCCACCGCCGACUCUGACAGGAGGGACUGGGGGAGCCUGUCUUGCGGGCCGGCCGUGCUGAUCGCCGAGCGCGCUCUCUCCGCCGACCUCGCCGACUACGUGCGCCUCCGCGCGGUGUGCAGCGCGUGGCGGCGGUGCACCGCGGAUCCCCGUGCCGAUGUGCGCGGCGGCGCCCUAGACAGAAGGUUCCAACCUGACACUGGAUCAUGCUCGAUGACAGCGUCUGCCCCCGCCACAUCCGCUUCCUGAACGUCUCCACCGGGGAGUGCGUCCGGACGGCGCUCCCGGAGCUGGACGGCCGAGUCGUACUCGCGCCCACGCCUGAGGGCCUCCUCCACCUGCUGAAUGACGAUGAGACCCACGCCCUCUGCCUGCUGAACCUGCUCACCGGCUCCCACACCGACCUCCAGCCGGCGACCGCGCUGCUCUCUGGUUACAAGCCAGACCGUUUCUUCCAAAGAUCAACCGGUGACGAGGAGGCGCUCGAGGUGUACGGCGUAGGGAUUGCGCAUGACUCGACGGUCGUGGUCAACUUCGGGGAGCACCAGCAGCUGGCCGUCGCGAGGCCCUGCGACGACCACUGGACGAGGCUGCGCUGCGAAGAAGACCGGAUCCACGGCCCGAUCCUGUCGUUUGCAGGCCGCGUGUACUGCAUCGUGUGUGAGACCGUCAUGGUGGUGGACACGUCACCAGACAACCACCCGCCGUGGCUGACCAAGGCCGCCACGAUCACCAGACACCUUGCACCUGGUCGACAACGGCGGGGAGCUGCUGGUGGUGCACCGAGUACCCCGCCUGGCCUUUAUCAGGUUCAAUGGCUACGCCGUAACCAAUAA